CGUGACUCUCGGCACUCAGCCGACCUCCUAUUUGACUCCGCGCUGGGGAAGCCUGUUUCAAGUGGAAAGCUGAAUCAGAGAUGGCUGUUGCACUGCCGCAUAUUGAGAAGCUCUCCUGUCGGGUGGUGCGCGUGUUAGGCUGUAAUCCAGGUCCUAUGACCCUACAAGGCACCAACACCUAUUUGGUGGGAAGCGGCUCCAGGAGAAUCCUCAUUGACACUGGAGAACCAUCAACUCCAGAAUACAUCAACUAUUUAAAACAGGCUCUGGUUGAAUUUAACACAACAAUCCAGGAAAUCCUAGUGACUCAUUGGCAUUUUGAUCAUUCUGGAGGCAUAGGAGAUAUUUGUAAAAGCAUCACUAAUGACACUGCUUAUUGCAUUAAAAAGCUCCCACGGAAUCCCCAUAAAGAAGAAAUUAUAGGAAAUGGAGCACAACAGUAUGUUUAUCUGAAAGAUGGAGAUGUGAUUAAGACUGAGGGAGCCACUCUAAAAGUUCUAUACACACCUGGCCACACUGACGAUCAUAUGGCGCUACACCUAGAAGAAGAAAAUGCCAUUUUUUCUGGGGACUGCAUCCUAGGGGAAGGAACAACUGUAUUUGAAGACCUCUAUGAUUAUAUGAAUUCCCUAAAACUGUUACUGGAAGUCAAAGCUAAUAUUAUAUAUCCAGGUCAUGGCCCAGUAAUCCACAAUGCAGAAGCUGCAAUUCAACAGUAUAUUUCUCAUAGAAAUAACCGAGAAGAACAAAUUCUUACAUUCAUUCGUGACAAUUUUGAAAAAUCAUUUACAAAAACACAACUGGUAAAAACUCUUUACAAGAAUGUUCCUGAGAAUUUACAUAAAAUGGCUGAACGUAAUCUUGAGCUUCAUUUGAAAAAGUUAGAAAAAGAAGGAAAAAUAUUUAGCAUCAUGGACCCUGACAAGAAAUGGAAAGCUGUACUUUGAGUUCAGCUUAAUGAAAGCUUUGUUUGCCUUUGCCUUUAAGGGUGGUAUGUGUUCUUAGCUGUGUGUUAUAGACACUACAGAAUGUAGGACUUCAAAACUAACUCUAGAUGUACAAGUGGACACUUAACUUACGAACUCACAUUGUUCUAGAGAGCAGGUUGUACCUCAAGUUGGUUGUAGGUCAAGACUGUCUUUCCCAUGAGAAAUAAUGGACAUACCCAUACUGUGUUCCACACCUCCCAAAGCACCCCUUAACUAACCUUUUCAUGAUAAAAAGGGCUUUCUAAUGUGUCUAAUUUAUCAGAACACCAAUAAUUUUCCUAGUAUAUUCACCAAAAAACUAUGAAAUGUGACCAGUUUACCAAAAACUAUUUUAUACUGUACUCGGCAUUCACCAUUCAAGUUGACAUCCUUGGCUUGCAGGAAGGGAGGAUGACAUGAAAUGUGGUUAUUGUUUGGAAGGAGAAUCCCCUUCCAUAAGGACAUAAAGAAUCUGGUAUCCUUUCUCUCCUUGGGACAGUCUGUUGCCCACUACUACCUGUUUCUGGUUCACUGGGUCUCAACCUUUUCAGAACUAAAAACUGGUCUAAGGUUGUCUCUGUCUUUUAACACUUCCUAUGGUAUGACAUGAGAUUGUCAUAAGCAAGUGAAUGCAAUGAUUGGCUUUUUCUGUCUGGAUGGGUCUUCUCUGCACUUUGUUUGUAACUCUGUUCUUUUUUUCAAGAUUUCCUUUAUUUCAGAAGAACUUUGCUGCACUGAUUGUUGAUACUCCCUCUCCUCUUCAGAAAGCUCCUCAGCUGCUAUUCUCUGUUGCUUAACCAGAAGUUACUGAAGUUCCUCUGUAGACAAUUCUGAGUGUUCCUCCACCAGUUUCUCAACUUUACUACUGUCUUUGUGCCAGCCUUUGCUGGACUUUGCUGUCAGUAUCAUCACAGGAUCAACUGAAGGCUGAAGCUCCUCUGCACAGCUUUCAAAGUCUCUCUCCUGUAUAAUUAUAGGCCACUCUUUGUCCCAGGCAGAUCUCAAUGUCCUUAAAGAGACAUUGGCCCAGGAUUUCUCAGUUAACCCCACACAAGAAAGGAUGUAGCAAUGUUCCUUCCAGAAGUCUUUAAGGGUUAAAUCUGUAUCUGAGACCCAUCAGCAACCACUUUAGGAACAGUUCCUUGGUGUAUGCCUUCUUAAAGUUAUCUAUAACCUGCUGGUCCAUGGGCUACAGUAUAGGAGUUAUAUUAGGCAGGAGGAACUAAACUGAGAGCCUUGAGAAUUCAUCAGUCAAUUCUUUUUCCAAAUUUGUAGGUGAGUAGAAGCAUUGUCCAUGAUGAGGAGAGCCUUGAGUGGUAAACCUUUGUCCUCUAGAUACUUCUUAAAAAUAGGAGAGAAAGCCUUCUGAUCCACUCAAGAAAAAGAACUCCUGUUACCCAGGCUUUUGCAUUAGAUCUCCACAUGACCGCUAGCCUGUUCUUCAUGACUGUAUGUUUUCUGAACACUCUAGCAAUCUCAGUGAUAAACCAAGAGACGGUUUAUCUUGAGGUCACCACUUGCAUUGGCCCAUAGCAAUAAGAUUAAUCUAUCCUUCAUAGGUUUGUGGCCUGGCAUUUUCUCUUAUUUCUGGGUAGUAUAUAUUCUCCUGGGCAUUUUCUUUCAGAGAAAGCCAGUUUCUUAACAGUUGAAAACCCAGUAAGAGCAAAAGCAGUUUCUCUGUGUGACUGAUUCAAAAUGAUGUAUGUAAUUUUCAGCAGCGCUUUUAUCAGCACUGCCUGCUUCACCAUGCCUGGUUAUGCUAUAAACCCCAGUUCUUGCUUUAAAAUUGUGAAACCACCCCUUACUGGCACAAAAUGUUUCACCACUAUCACUCAUUGAUGGAUUAUCCUUUAUGAGAUCUACAUUUACAGCGAUAACAUUUUUACAAAUUAUAAACUCAGGUAAUAACCUGCUAUCUGCCUUUUAUCUGCACAUUUAAUAAUAAUAACCUUUCUUCCUUGGCUAAUACUGUUGGUUGUGAUUUACUAAUUUGAAUAACACCUUUAGCAACACUAGCUUCAUUAUACAAAUCUUUUCUCUGUAAGAGUGUCAAGAUGGUGGAUUUUAACAUACUAUACAUAUUAGCAAGAUCAGUCACACCAAUGCUAUACUCAUAUUUUUCUAUAAUUUCCUUCUUUUCAGUUGUGAUUGUUUUCUUUACCUUCCCUUCCUUCUUUCCUUAGCUUCUUUUCUAGCUUUUUGGGGUCAUUUUUAUAACAUUAAUCAUAGCAACUAUAUAAAGCACUGACUGAAAUCACAUCCACAAAUACAUGCGUAUAGGCUAAGACUGAUGUUUAUAUAUAGUUUUCUGUCAUCACAAGUCUUUUUUUUUUUCUUUUUUCUUUUUGAUACAGGGGAUUGAACUCUCGACCUCACAUAUGCCAAGCAGGUGCUUGUGUCUCUGAGCUAAAACACCAUCCCCAUCACAAGUCUUUUCGGCCAGCAUUUGGGUUGUAACAUAAUACUUUAGUCAUAAAUUAAACCUAAAAUUACAGUCAUAACCCAAGUUUUUCAUAACUCAAGUAGUUCAUAUGUGAGGCCAGUCAUAACUUGAGGGUCCACUGUAUUUCCAAACCAUGUCAAAUUUUUAAAACAAAUCAGAUUAUACACUUACAAUACAGGUUAUUGAACCUUAGUCUUACAGCAUUUUACAAAAAAUUCAGAAUCUAGAAGUUUAUUGAUUUUAUAUGUGUUAAUUAAAAUGGAUACUUUAAAAAUAAUAAAAUUUGUGUAAUUUACACCGGGUAAUCCUUUUGCAGAAUAAUCGUUAUUAGUCAUAAGUAAAAAUUGUAUUUUAUUUUUCAACUCUCUGUAUCUGUGGAUAACAGUUUUGUUUUCAUAUUUUUGUCAAUUAUAAUUAAGAAUUGGUUCUAUAGCACUGUAUGAUUAUAUAUUUUUAUAAUAUCAAUGAUUUAUGUAUAACAAGUGCUGCUAAUUGAAAAAUAUUGAAUGUUCAAUUAAAAGUAUUAUAUGAUGAAUAA